AUGGUUGUUGACACCACAUACUAUGACCUUCUAGGCAUUGAAACCACCGCUACAUCACUUGAGAUCAAGAAGGCAUACAGGAAGGCUGCCAUCCGUCUUCAUCCCGAUAAAAACCCCAAUGAUCCCACUGCUGCUGCACGGUUCCAAGAAGUGGGCCAAGCAUACCAAGUACUUAGCGAUGACACGUUGCGGGCCAAGUAUGACAAGUUUGGAAAGCAAGAAAGUAUCCCCACUGAAGGGUUUGAAGACCCUGCUGAAUUCUUCUCUAUGAUUUUCGGCGGGGAGGCCUUCAAGGAGUGGAUUGGAGAGUUGAGUUUGUUACUGGAGUUAUCCAAGAGUGCCGAGUUGGCUGGAUAUACCGAUGGUGAAGAUGACAAGAAGGAGAAAUCUGAUGGAGACAAGACCGAGCCAGGUGUGAAUGAAACUUCGACCGAAGGAGCUACAACUUCCACUAGUGGAACUACCAACCCAUCCAAGGACCAAUUACUCCUUUCCCAUACCACCCAUGACGAGUCAAAACUUACAGCUAAGGAAAUCGAAGAAAGCAAACGCAAGGCUGAACUAGAAAAGUUUGAAGAAGAAUGUCGUCUUAAGAAGUUGGAAACAAGACGUCAGCUUGCGCAAAAACUCGUGGAAAAGCUCCUGCUUUUCACCGAAACCGACAUGAAACAAGAUGUGAUUGAUUCAUUCCAGACUAAAAUCAAAUACGAAGCCGAGUCACUCAAGAUGGAGAGUUUUGGAUUGGAGAUUUUGCAUACCUUGGGACACAUUUACAAGACCAAGUCGAGGAUUUUCUUCAAGAACCAAACCUUUUUCGGCUGGGGUGGAUUCUGGUAUAGUGUGAAGGAAAAGGGUGGAGUUGUCAAGGAUACUUUCAAGACUGUCAGCUCGGCAUUGGAUGCUCAACGAACCAUGGAGGAGUACACGCAAAUGCAGCAAGACAAUGAAUACCACGCCAAGAAGGAAGCUGAAGAACAAAAGGAGCAAGAUCCAGAAGAAGCCAAGAGUGCCGCUGAACAAGAGGUGAACAAGUUGGAAGAAGAGCUUGAACAUGUGAAGCAGGAAAAGGCUGAAGUUGAAAAGUCAAAAGAACCUAUUCCUAAUAAACACACCCCAGAAGAGUUGGCGGAAAUGGAGAAGUACUUGAUGGGCAAAGUGUUGGCCGCUGCUUGGUCCGGAUCCAAGUUUGAAAUUCAAGGUACUGUGCGUGCUGUAUGUGACAUGGUUUUGGAGGAUAAGGAGGUUCCUCUUGAAACUAGGGUGGCUAGAGCCAAGGGAUUGAGACUUAUUGCUGAUGUGUUUAUUGCCGUGAAUAGAACUGAGGAUGAAGCAGAAGAGGCUAGAGUAUUUGAAGAGUUAGUGGCCGAAGCCAGCAAGAAGCGAGAUCGUAAAAAGCAUCAUCAUAAUGAUGAAGAUGUUGCAAAAAAUGAUGUUCCUGCAGAAGCUGGUGCCAUAUGA